GUUCCAGAGAGCAAGAUGGCAGCAAAAUCCGAUGGCGUGGGGGUCGUUACCGGUUUCGCCCAGCUGCACAACCUGGACGAGGCAACCGGCGACGAGGAGCCGCUGGACAGCGCGGCCAUACACAUCUGCCACUGCUGCAACUCGUCGUCGUGCUACUGGGGCUGCCGGAGCGCGUGUCUGCAGCCGCUGCUGGGCGAGCGAGACCGGCCGCAGCAUCAGCAGCAGCAUCAGCCCGAGGAGCGCCUGUGGCUGGACUGCCUCUGGAUCAUCGUCGCGCUGCUCGUCUUUUUCUGGGACGUCGGCACGGAUUUACUGCUGGCUCUGGAUUAUUACUCCAAGCGGGACUAUCUGUGGUUCGGGCUCACGCUGUUCUUCGUGCUGGUCCCGUCGGUGCUGGUCCAGAUCCUCAGCUUCAGGUGGUUCGUCCAGGAUUACACCGGCGGCGGGCUCGGGGCCGUGGAGGGGCUCAGCAGGAAAGCCACGGCCGACCUGAGCUCGCGGAUCUACGGCAGGGACCGGUGCUGUGUGAUCUCCAUAUGGAUCUGGCACGCGUGUGUGCACGUCCUUCAGAUGGGACAGGUGUGGAGGUAUAUUCGCACCAUGUAUCUGGGCAUCCAGAGCCGGCGGCAGAAGGAGCAUAGGCGGCGUUUCUACUGGGCCAUGAUGUACGAGUACGCUGACGUCAACAUGCUGCGUCUGCUCGAGACCUUUCUGGAAAGUGCCCCCCAACUGGUGCUACAACUCUGUAUAAUGAUCCAGAAGAACCGGGCUGAGACCCUGCAGUGUGUCUCCUCGGUUGCCUCCCUGCUCUCUCUGGCCUGGGUCCUGGCUUCAUACCACAAGCUCCUGCGUGACUCCAGAGAUGAUAAAAAGAGCAUGAGCUACAGGGGCGCGCUGAUCCACAUCUUCUGGAGACUCUUCACCAUAUCCUCACGGGUGCUCUCCUUCGCUCUCUUUGCCUCCAUCUUCCACAUCUACUUCGGCAUCUUUGUAGUCGUGCACUGGUGCGCAAUGGCGUUCUGGAUCGUGCACGGAGGCACGGAUUUCUGCAUGUCCAAAUGGGAGGAGGUGCUCUUCAACAUGGUGGUGGGCAUAGUCUACAUCUUUUGCUGGUUUAACGUGAAGGAAGGUCGAACCCGCUACCGCAUGGUCAUCUACUACUUUGUGGUGCUCGCCGAAAACACGGUGCUUACUUGCUUGUGGUACGCCUACCGAGACCCAAUCACCACGGACUCCUAUGCAGUGCCGGUGCUCUGCGGAGUUUACCUAACCUUCGCCUCAGGGGUGGUUUUCAUGGGUGUCUACUAUGGGUUCCUUCAUCCCAUGGGACCUAAAAUAAGGGUGCUAGCUAGCUCCUGUUGUGCUGAGCUUCUUUGGGGACUUCCGUUACCCCCUGAAGCCGAGCCUAUGGCGCCCACUCCUGGUCCUCGGGCGUCUCAACCUACUCCCAGUCGGGCUUCCAUGGUGGACGACACCACAAUGGACACCUGUCUGCCUGUAUUUCAGGUGCGCUCGCCCGAGCCCACUACUCCCUUGGGCCGAUACCGGCCGGAGGGACCUCUGAUUAAAAUCGACAUGCCCAGGAAACGCUACCCAGCGUGGGAUGCGCACUUUGUGGAUAGGCGAUUAAGAAGGACGAUAAAUAUCCUCCAGUUCAUCACGCCGGCGACUGUCGGGAUCAGGUACAGAGACGGCCCGCUGCUCUAUGAGCUCCUGCAGUACGAAUCGUCCCUGUGAUCUUCAAUAUCCCAGUUUAGUUUCAGAUCUGCCACGUUUCUCAAAAUGCAUGCCAUUUUGGUUUCUGUAUAAGCGGCGAGUGUAAGCAUAAAGCAUUGCACUUUUCUUUCUUUUACGUGAAAAGCCUCCAGAAGAUGUGUAUAUAUUUUGUAUGUAUAUACUGUCUCUUUUUUAACAAUAUCUGUUUAGAGAUAUGUCCCCAUGAAGGGAUAUGUAUGCGACAUGGUGUUUACAGCCAGCGGAAACCAUUACAUUGGAAAAAUGGAGAUCGGUUGACCACAUCAACACCGCCUUGUGUUUUGAACUUUAUUUUAAACCUAUUAUAACUUAUUAACUAGGUAAUUGUUAACUAGUAUGUUAUUUUCACAGCUGCGCAAGUCGAUAAUAUCAGGCUACGUCUACACCAUAGGUCUCAACAACACAAUCUCACGGCAAUUCGUAACUUUUUGAUUUAGUGGCUAAUU